GUUAAGGUGAACACAUUUCUAGUUCGUCGUCGUACAUUGAAAAACAGGAAAUUUGGGGGAAUGUCUGAAAUAGAUAAUACUUUUGUAAAACUCCGAGCUCGACUUAGAGAACUUGACAUUAAGCUAUGGCAGGAACCAUAUUACCAUGAGGAUGUGGGCAGCAUUGAGUCUGAAAUGGAUCGUUUGUCGGAACAACUCAGUGGCGAAUUGGGCAUAAGUGUAUCGAAUUGCAAGUGUGCCUUGGUCGAAUUGCAGGACAGUGCCCUGCGUAAGUUGACGGCACGAAAGGAGUUCAAUGAAACUGGGAUGGCCACAUUCAGUGUACGGUGUGUGGACAGCAAAGGUGGCACUGUUCAAAUAAUUGAGAUAAAGUGCUCUCUAAAUGCUUUGGGUCUGGAUUUACAGCAGGAAAUUGCCAAUCGUUUAAAAUUGAGUAAUGCAAGCUAUGUGAAAUGUAUAUCGGCUGGCAAAAUAGUUUCAUCAAACAGCACAUUAAACGAUCAGGGACUAAAUAAUAAUCAACAGCUAAUGGUUAUUAUUGGAAGUAAAGAGAGUACCAAUUCCAGUGAUGGCAAUACGGAACGUGGUUCUGUUCUGUAUGAGCGUAUAGCAAAGAUUAAAGCUGACAUUGAGUCUGUGGUGGAUGCUGAUGGACGUUUUUUCGAAAUGGAAGAUCAAGAUGGCAAUGCCAUCUUCUUGCCACCCAAUGAGAAUCGUUCCCUAUUGAUGGCCAUGGGUCUUUGCGAGAAAGCUCGAGCUGCUAUGCGGCGCGAGAAUUAUGAUGAGGCUUUGCUACUUUUACUUGAAGCGGAUGAGCAUUUUGCCGUAUGUAAUUCACAAUUUUUGGAAUCUGUUGAUAAUUAUGCUUUAUUGAAUUUGGAUAUUGUCUGGUGUUAUUUGUGUUUGAAGAAUGUAACUCAAUUGCCCGAUGCCCAGCGUCGUUUGGAUAUAUGCGAGAGGAAUUUUGAGCGUAGCUAUGGCAAGAAUUUGAAACGAAUUCGUUCAAUACGAGGAUCAAGUUGCCCCGAACGUGCCCUGAUCAUGCGCUUGCAUUUGCUGCAGGGAGUCAUAUUAUUCCAUCAAAAUCGUCGUGAUGAGGCCUAUGAGAAAUUUGAAGAGGCCAGCCAGGCUUUGGCUGAACUAAGAGUCGAUGACGAUCAAUUGACUCGUCUAAUUGAUAUGGGUUACGAUGUGGCCGAUGCUCGUUUGGCAUUACGCUCGUGUUCCGGUGAUGCUGAUCAGGCCAUUCUUUUUAUCAAUAAUCGUCGUGAGAAAUUAAAUACAGCACGAGCAGAUGCUCAAACGGAGAGAUUACAACAAAAUCGUUUAGCCGCAGAUAAUGCAGAUCAAGAUUGGGUUAACCCCCGCAGUGUUUGUCAACUCACUGAUAUGGGCUACGAACGUGGUCUGGUUGUUGAGGCCCUAAAGCGUACCAAAAAUGAUAUUCCUGAUAGUGUGGAUCUCUUACAGUUUCAUGCCGAUGAGUUAGGUGCCGACCUACAAACAACUCCACCAGCCGAUGAGCAGCUUUUAAAUAUUCUACAUCAAUUGGGUUUUCCUAUGGCUUUGGUUCGUAUCGCUCUGGAGACCACACAAAAUGAUAUGAAACGUUCUGUGGAAUUCCUUCUGAAAAGCCAAUCAGACGAAAAUCAAUUACUUCAAGUUAUUGACAACAUGUCACAAACAUUAUCGGGUAACCCUGAUGAUCAGCAGCAGCAACCUACAUCAAGCUCUAAUGCUCGUCCUUUUAUUGAUAUUUCGUCAAGUAAGUUGCAGUUGAUUGAAACAUUUUUAACCAUGGCCAAAUCGGAAUUGGAAUCAUAUAAGGCUUAUACACGUUUUAAUGAGGAUCUAACUAUGAAUGAUAAUGACUAUUUGGAUUUGCCUUUGAUACAAGAAGAACAAAUUUUGAUCGAGUAUAAGAAUCUUUUAGAGCGUUAAAUGCUCUUGAAUAACAAUCUUUCAUUGUUAUUUCUAUGAAAUGAAUAUAUUUUAUAGUUUAACCACA